AUGGCCGCAGGUCUGACCACUGUAGAUCACUACAGCAAACACUCUCUAGAACAAUUUUUUGACGUUUACGGGUCAUAUUUCGGUCCAGUAAAGGAAUUCGUUUUGGACUUUCUAUUGGCCAUCUAUCAACCACACGAUAUCACGGAUAAUGACCACAUUGCAUGGCUUCAAACCAAGAGUAAUAUAUUUACCGGAGCUGGUUUCACGAGUUUUAUAGCAACCGAAGCCAACUGGUAUCUGGAGAAUAAUAACUCAAACGUUUACAUGUACGAGUUUGAGUACGUUUCUGCAGUGGGUCGUAUAUUCAAAGUGCCCGGAUGGAAUCCGGUUCCGCAUACAGCCGAGUUGCCGUUCAUCUGGAUGCAGGAACCGAUCUGGCGUAAAGCUAUCGACAGCCUCGAGGUGGUGCCUGGUGACUAUGAGAUGGCCGAUUUCUUCGGUAAAAUGUGGACAUUAUUCGCGAAAACUGGCUUCAAAUGGUACCGUUGCCUUUCAAUUUUCUUUAAAAGUUUUCUUCUAUCUUACUAA